CCCUAUUCUAAAUCAUGCAAGCAAUUACAGUUCUCGGUCCUACAAUCUACAGUUCGAUUUUCCAGGGAAGAACAGUUAACAAGAAACACACCUGGAAACGCAAGGAGAACUGUAGCUAAGGCAAAAAAACGGGUGAGGGACGCGAGACAGAAGCCAAAAAUGACCCGGGAGGCUCGCCGGAAAACCGCCGGAAAACCGCCGGAAAGUGGCCGGAAAACCGCCGGAAAUUCGAGCGGGGGCGGAGGGCGGCGGCCGGCGGCCGGCGGCAGAGGGGCGGCGGCCGGCGGCAGAGGGGCGGCGGCCGGCGGCCGGCGGCAGAGGGGCGGCGGCCGGCGGCAGAGGGGCGGCGGCCGGCGGCAGAGGGGCGGCGGCCGGCGGCAGAGGGGCGGCGGCCGGCGGCUCGCAGAAGAGGGAGGGGAGAGGAUUGGAGAGGAAGAGAGAGGGGGAAAAUUUGAAAAAAUGAGGGUAGAGAGAGAAAAUGGCCGGGGGUUUGCUAUAAAUAGCAAAAAUACCCGGUCGGGUAUUUGUGAUUCCACGACCGGGGGGUUCAAAACGUGGCGUGUAAAGUGCAAGGAAAUCCCCGGCCUAUAGCCAAAAAUACCCGGUCGGGUAUUUUUGGGUCAAGGUCGGGGGUUCUGAAACGCAGCGUCCUGACUUGGGAAAAAUUCCCGGCCGUGAAUCAAAAAUACCCGGUCGG